GACGAAGAAGAGGACGCUGGACUCCCAUGAUGCACCGCACUGCCAACGUAUGCAAACAGGAACAUGGCUACCGGUGCUUAACAUCAGGAGCCCGUCGUUAUAACACGCUUCUGUUGACCUGACACGGCCUGUGACUGAAUUUACUGUGCUUCCGCCACAGAAGAAAAGCUUUCUUAGAGUUUUUCUUAGAGCAGACCUUCUGAAAACAGCGCCGUCGUUGUUCAUCAAUCACAGACAGUGUGGGUCAAAAUGGCGAGUCCAAGGACCAGGAGAGUUCUGAAGGAAGUGAGAACCCAAGACGAGAAUAAUCUAUGUUUUGAAUGUGGUGCUUUCAACCCUCAAUGGGUUAGUGUGACCUAUGGUAUCUGGAUUUGUCUUGAGUGCUCUGGCAAGCACAGAGGCCUGGGAGUACAUCUCAGUUUUGUGCGCUCUGUCACCAUGGACAAGUGGAAAGAUCUCGAGCUUGAAAAGAUGAAAGCGGGAGGAAAUGGAGCAUUUCGUCUAUUUCUUGAACUCCAAGAAGAUUAUGAUCCCACCUGGACGUUACAGGAGAAAUACAACAGCAAAGCUGCUGCACUCUUUAGAGACAAGGUCGCAACUUUAGCAGAGGGUAAGGAGUGGUCCAUUGAGACAUCCACUGCCAAAAACUGGACAUCCCCUCAACCCAAGACCAACCUGUCGGCCUCUCAUCGCUCUGGAGGACCUGGCCAAAGCUCAGCAAAACCUGGUGACAAGGCUUUUGAAGACUGGUUGAGUGAUGACGUUAACUCAUAUCAGAGUGGAGGAGGCUAUAGUGGGAAUCAAGAGAAUCGGUAUGUUGGCUUUGGCAACACUGUGACCCCAGAGAAAAAAGAGGAUGACUUCAUCAACAAUGCUAUGACUUCUAUUUAUUCAGGCUGGAGCAAUUUUGCUGUUGGAGCUAGCAAGUUUGCUUCAAUCGCUAAAGAUAAUACAUCUAAACUUGCCAACCAAGCAACCUUGAAGGCUGCAGAGUUAGGACAGACAUUAAAUGAGAAUGUUAUCAAACCCACCCAAGAAAAGGUAAAAGAUGGCAAAUUUCUAGAUGAAAUGGCAGUCGGCAUCACUGGGCUGGCAACCAAGGUUCAGGGAGCUGGCUCAAAGUUGACUAAUCUCUUCACGGGAAAACCGGAGGAUGGGUCUACCGGAGAGAGCUACCAAAACAUGGAUGCCACUGAGGGAUAUCAGGGCAGUUCUAGCCAGCCGGUCUCAAAGGACUUCUGGGAAACCUUUGGCAGCAGCAACUCCUUGAAGGCCAAGAAGUCACCCAGCAGUGACAGCUGGACCAUCGCAGAUAAUUCUGCAAAGAAGAGCUCUGACAGUUGGGACAAUUGGGGCUCCGAAGCAGCGUCCAACAAUAAACACAGCACAGAGGAGAGCUGGGAAGCCUGGGACAACAACUGGGAGAACGCAGAUGGUAAGACGAAGAAGAGUCCCACAAAACCUGCUGAGGAAACCUGGGAUAAUGCCGACUGGUAGUGACCUCGCAGCCAUACAUCCCCUCAACCUUUUCCCCACUCUGGCCUUUCCCCUGUUUCUCUUUCUCUUCCUCUUCUCAUCUCACUGGCACUUUUUAGGGAAAGAGCUUCCCAUCAACCCAAUCAAAAUAUAUUUAUUCUAAAAUCAAUAAAUACAUGUAAAUGAAGUCCAAGUUAGGUUUUGCUUAUUGUUAAAGGGAUAUUCUUAAAAAAUAUACAUCUAUACUGACUUUCAGUCAUGUAUUUUAUUGUAAAUGGCCUUUCAUCAGGAAGUAAAAAUGAAUCGGUGUAGAUAUGGUUAUAACAUUCUGCCUGAGCUCGUUGAAUAAGCCAGUGUCCAUACUCUACAGGGUUAAUAAUAAUGGUUCCAAUGCAUGACUGAGAAAAUCGGACACUAUAAAUAUAUAUUCUUGUAAAUACAGGAUGAUUGACUAAACAAUGGCAAAAUGUUUGCUCAAUCAAAUUGAUUUGUUCUGCCCAUUGACCUUUUGCACAUUAAGGCCUUUAACUCAAAUGAACAAACAACCAGCUGACUGUCGCUAAUCAAGUCUGGUCGAAUACGUACAAUUUAAGGUAAAUAAUGUGUAAUAAAUUGGACCUACAGUAAAUUACAUUUGUAGUAUUUUUUGUUGUCUCCAUUUUUCUGUUUUGUUUAAAAUGUGCAAAUAGUCAAUGGGUUUGAACACCAAACUGUCGAUACAUUAUCAGGUUUUUAUGAGUGGAAAAUGGACUGGAUUGUUAAAAGUUGAAAGAGUUGUGUCCCAAACAAAUAAAUCUUUGGAAUAUUUUUAACUUUUUAAGUUGUAAAAUGGUUAGGUUGGUGUUCACGUGGUUGGCACUUCGACCACUGGCUCUUUCUGAAUGCGGAUACAUUUAAUUUAACAUCAAUGCGCUGUUGAAACUAACCUUUCUGCAACUCAAACAUUUAUUGCAACAUCAUUUUAGGAUUUUGUUGUUAUACAACUUAAAUAUUUAUACUUUAUUGUGCAACAUAUUAAGUUACCACGUUAUUCUGUACAUUACAGCGUAAUCUAUUUGGGUUAAGAAUAGUUUCAGCAAAAAUAUUCCAGAGUUUAAUGACAAAGUCCAAUUAUGAUGGCCGAUAAUUAUUGAUCUACUGGUGGAUUUACGUAAUCUUGAAACAGGCUGAUAUUUUUCUUAUUGAAACUUGGAAUACAGGUCAUCCUGACCAUGUAAGCUCUAAUUCCAGUCAUUCUCUAAUGAGCAUAGCCGUUGAGCAGAAACCAUGAAUAUUGACUCAUAUUUUCAAAAGUCACUUGUUCAUUUCUAACUUUGCAGAUCUUCUUUUGAGAUUUUAUUAUUUUUUGACAAUUAUUUGUAUUGUGGAUAAUUACACACACGUCUCAUUGCACUCUAUACUGUACUGUAUGCAAGUGAGGAGCUUGUGUUUCAAUGACUUGACACCGAUGUUGACCGCCUGUAACUUGUGACCUCAACAGAACUAACGUCAUUGUAAAAUUCAUCUCAUAAAGCCACUCUGUUUUCUCCCCAUCUGGGGCAUUGCAGCACCUUUGGCAUCAUGUGUUGUGAGAAUUUGAUACACAUAUGGGUCGCAUUCAAUGAGGCCUGACAGAUGCUGGGUGAUUGGACACUUGUUAUGAAUUUAUUCAGGAGUUGCACUCAAUGUGUCUUUAAAAAUAUAUCUCUUUUUAACAAUUGCAAAUGUAAUCUGUGUGAAAUUGGGCAUUUAACAAACCUGUAGUAAACCUAAAAUUCAAGUGAGCCAUCAUAGUUUAGAAUUAGGAGGAUUUUGACUUUCCCAUUUGGCCUCUAAUUUCCUUUAACACAAGGUGCCAACCUUUUUAAAUUGAAGGGUGUUUGCAUGUAAUAACUCACAGAUGCCCAGUUGUCAAAAGUGAUGCAAAUCCAUCAAACUGAACUCCUGUUAAAUACAUUUGGAGCAACACCAGAUUUUUCAAAAAAAUGUAAACUCUUUUCAACAGAAAAUGACUACAUCCUUGCAUCUGCAUGGUGCACAUCUGAUUCUUUGAGGCUGGGUGUCUGUAAUCAUUGGCCAGUAGUUAUUGGGAGCUGCUCACGCUGCUGUUAACCAGUGCAGUGAAGCUGCUGGAUUGGUAGGGUGCUUCAGCCCUAUAAUAUUUCACUAGCGUAAGCUUUGAUGUGAAAAAUGCCCAUUUCCUACCUCUAAGAAGUCUUCAGUUUACAUCACAUUUUUUUUCUUCUUUUUUUUCCCAGAACCUUUUCAGCAUUGUGUUGAUGUAGACCUUAUUGUAGCAGCCUUUGCUGUGGCUAAUCUUGUCUUCGCUGAAGGACGUGCGUUAAAGUAACUUAACAGAUAUGGGUCUAUUGAUCCGUAUCCAUGACAUUACGAUGUAAAAAAAAAGGUCACUCCGAACAUUUGUGUUGAUGAAGCUCUGUCGUCAUGUAUUGAAAACCCUUCAACAGCUGUGAUUGCUUUCUCUUGAUCACUCGUGGGUUUUGGACACAGUGAGGUGAUCAUAUAGGUAAAUCACCAUGAAAUACAUAUCGUUAACCCCCAGCAUUCCACAAUGAAGCUGUAUCACUCAUUUUGAUUUAUUUCUAUUGUAUGAUGACAAAACUUAAAAUGUAUAAACUGCCAGAGAAAGUAUGGAAGACUUUGUGCUGUGUCAUCUGAGGUUUCACUAGAAACAUUUGAACAGCCACAUGUCGGUAAUCUGUAUGAGCUUAUAGUUCCAAAAUACUAGACAUGUUUAUGGUGGAUGUAUGAGGUCACUGGUAUACAUGAAACACUUAUUGACUGCAGAAUGUGCUGAUUACAUAAAUGCAUCCAAAAGGUCUUGAUUAUAGGUCUUCUUUCUAUACAUCCGAAGCCAAAUUUUAAACUUUCCAGAGCAGUACUUUGGCUCAGUGUCUGUGCCUGUCGAACAGAAAUUGAGAUUGGGUAUGUCCGUAUUUGUUGAUGAAACUAUUUGUCAGAAAUGCUAUUUUUAUGUCAUGCAUGAGAUGUUCUGUGAAACUAAAUACAUUCAGCUGUUUUGAAAGUUGUUUCCUCAGUGGAUUUGAGUACAGUGGUCUGCUUUUCUCCUUCAAGUGUCACCAGCAACCAUCCCAUGAGGCAAGCCUCUGUUACCUGCUCAGUUGAGGCUGAGGAUAUUUUACUUGUACACGUGGUUUUUGUGUUGAAUAAAACUGUAUAGUGCCGUGAA